AUGUCUGACAAAAGAUAUACAAAAGUGAUUGAAGAAGCGAUAAUUAAGAAAAAUCUACCGACUCUUUCCGGACAUAAUACACGUAGCAAUGAUACGACAAUACCAAGACCGGUGUAUUUUAAUAUAAGCGUUAGCCUGGAUCUUAAGUUUGAUCCAUCCCUCGAAAAAACUUACCUUCAGCAAAUAUACAAAGCUCCUUUCAAAGUAGGAGAGGGGAGCUUCGGAGUGGUGUGGAAAGCUAAGCAUAAUGUCAACAAAAAAACAUUUGCUAUUAAGCAAUUCAAAACUCCACUGUCAUCAAACGAAAUUUACAGAGAAAUCCGAAACAAUGAAAGAGUGGGAAUCCACCAAAACUGCGUUAAAUAUUAUAUGGCUUGGGAAGAAUGUGGGGAGGUAUAUAUGAUGAUGGAGGCUUGCCAAAUGAGCCUUAUGGAGUUUUCGACAAAAAAUGAAGUAAAAGAACAAAUCAUGUGGGAUUGCUUAUAUGAUAUAUGUAAGGCCUUGAAAUUUCUGCAUGAGAAAUUAUUAGUCCAUGGAGACGUGAAAGUUACUAAUAUAAUGCUUUACGGCACAUACUUCAAGUUGGCAGAUUUUGGAACGAUGAUUGAUUUAAAUGUGCAACCUGAAAGCACAACACAAAAACUGACCUUAACCAAAGGUCGAUCGACCAGAAAUCAAAAAUCCAAAAUAAAAUUUACACGAGACAUCCUCGACUUGGCGACAACAUUAGUGGAUUUAAUAAGCUUGUACUCGACUGUAGAACUUGAUUUUAACCGUUCUCAACAACGUGAACGUGACUACGAUGCAUUGUUAAUAAUGUAUUCUGAUUCGUUUCGAGCGAUAAUAAAACGGAUAGUGGGAACGGACUUCAUCACCCCACCAACGGCACAAGAAAUCAUAAGCUCUAAUCACAUGAAAGCAACCGCUAGAAGGUGGGAAAGGGGUUUAAGGACUGUGUAUACUGUGGAUUGUUGUACAGGCCAAGGAGUGCUCAUAGAAGUACCUAAAUUUAUAAGACAUUAUAUAUCUGUAUUAAAUGUAUAG